AUGCCAAAUAACAACUUUAUUAAUAAUUGUUAUCCAUCACAAUAUCUUGUUUAUACAUCAUUUAACAGACUAAAUAAAAAGCAAAAGAAGAUUCAACCUUCAGCAUUGUUCGUUCGACAACAGCCACAACAUUAUUUUAUUGAGAAAAUGAUGAAAUAUGAUAAUGAUGACGAACGAACAAAAAACGUAAAAGAAAAACAAUUACAAACAUAUGAUCAUCAAAAGAAACAAUUCUUUUCAUUUGAAUCAAAUUUAAACUAUUCAUCAUGUUAUUCACAUCAAAAUAAAAAUAAUGAUUUAAGACAACUUGUUGGUACAUUAUUUCCAUAUAUAACAACAACAGCAACAAUAACAACAACAACCAACACAAAUACAACAACAAGUGGCUAUUCAACAGCUGGCGAUGAUAGUGAAAGUUCGGUAGCUGCAAGUCAAAUUGUCGUGAAUAAUAAUAAUAAUAAUAAUAAUAAUUUAUAUGAUAUUUCAAUAUCGGAUACAGCUAGUAGUCUUGUUAAACAACCAAAAAAUUCGUUUUUACAUGAUGAAACAAGCAGUAUUGAAUCAAAUCAAAGUAUAAACGUUAAACAACAACAAAAACAAUUUACAUCAUCCCCAGAGAAAUCAAUUGAAUGUCAACCGCAAUAUCAGCACAAAUCACAUCAUCAAUCAGGUAUUCAAACAUUAUUUUCAAAAUUAAAAAAUUUUAUUACACGAAAAACAAAAAAAAAAGUAUCAUGUUCUAAAACUCCAUUGAAAACUUCAUUGAAACAAACGAUGAAUAAUGAACAUGAAUAUUUUAUGGAAAAUUAUAGUAGUACUAGUUAUCAACAAACAUCAAUAUUAUCAUCAAAUAAACAUUAUCAACAUAGAGAAGAAAAGAAUAUUUAUCAAAGUACAACUCUACCAUUUACAUAUGAACUAGAACAAGAACAUAAUGAUAUUGAACAAGCAACAAAAAUACAAAAAAAUGUUAACCCUUAUUUUGAUCGAAUAGCAGCUUGGCUCGAAAAUACGCAAAUAUUAAAUGAGGAUAUAGCUGAUUUACCAUUUAUUGAUGAUAAUAACAAUGAUUUAACCUUAGCAGACAAUUUUAUACAACAACAACAAACAACAAAUAACAAAGGAUUCUAUCAAACAUCCAUAUUGAACAAUAAUCAUUUGUCAGAUAUAUUCGGUUCUAUUCUUCCUCAUGACUAUAGCAAUAUUACAUCGUCUAAACAAUUAGAUCAAACUAACAGAUAUGGUAAUGAAAUAAAAAUGAAACAAUCAUCAUUAUCAUCACCUUCUAUCCGUACUGAUAAACCGAAACGGAGUAGUUCAAUGAUUACCACCACUCAUCAACAUCAACCAAAACAAACAACAUCAACAGCCAUUGUUCAAACAUUAACACCGACAAGUUCAUUUUCAUCAAUUAUUUUGACAACCGGUAUGAAUGACCAUGACUUAUUAACAACACCGGUUAAAAAAUUGUCGACUGAAAUAAAUCGACGAAAAACAAUUGCAACAGUUAAAGAUUAUUCUCAACAACAAAAUAAUCAUCGUCAUUCAAGAAUUGAUGAUAACAAUAGAAUAGCGAAAUCUCAACAACAACAACGAGGUUUAUCAAUAAACAAUCAGGAGAAUUUUUCGACACCAACAAUCGUAAGACGCCGACGAAUUAUUGAUUUCUCUCGGCGACGAACAGUUGCAACAACAUCUUCAUCCACAACAGAUAUUAAUAAUAAUAAUAAAGAAAAUUUGAAUGAUAAUAAAAAACAAUCGUCUUUAAUUCGAAAAGAUUCAUUAACGAAACCGACUAUUAUUAAACAGCAUGGUCCAACUAACAAUGUGUCAUUCUCAACAUCCACGUCCACUUCUUCAUUUCCUAAAUCAGAUAAAAAACAACCGGUGAUCGAACUCAUUCAACCACCAUCUAUCUAUAAAUUCACAUCGUCUCCAUUGACUCAAUUAUCUAAAAAAUAUUAUUUUAAUAACAAUAACGCCACAACAAGUUCUGAUAACGAAUCAAUGGUAGAUGAUGAAUCGAUGAGUUUCUAUGGAUUAUUACAAAACUCAGACUAUUCUAAAAACGGUCCGAAAAAUCGUAACUCACUCGUGAUGGUGUCGUGGCAAGCACCUCAGCAACAACAACAUAGUUUACCAAUGUCAACGUAUAAUACUAACAAUAAUAACGAUAUCCCACCAUCUAAAAAUCUGAUUAAUUUUCAAAUGAUAAGUGAGUAUAAUAAUCGUUCUAAUAAAUCUCAUUCAUGCUCAAUAUCUUCUCCAUCAUACCAGUCUGAACAAUUAUCGAAUAACGAUCUAAUUGAUGAUUUGCUAUGUGAUCGUGAAGUGGAAAGUUAUUUUUAUCCAAACUCUGUUUAUUCUUCGUACGCUGAUUAUUCCUAUGAACCUCAUCAACAGUAUCCACAUAUCUAUAUCAAUGUGCCUCCACAUCAACAAAUAGCAAAAUCCACAAAACAAAACAUGCCAAGUGCAAUAAUAAAUUUACCAGAUUAUUAUGGAACAUUGUGUUAA